CUCCAGCGCGAAGUCAGAUAGGUUUUACCGCGAACUGAAGCCUAAUCUCCCACCGCCGCACGCCGCAUAUCCCGAAUCUUUCGGCCACGUUCCCAACCGAACCUUCUCAGAGGUUUUAUCGCUGCCCACUCCGAUUGAAUCUAAUUACCAUGAUCAUAGGGUGCAGCUGGUUGCUGAGACCCUCGUGCAGGAGGGGUGAAGAACAUCUAGUUGCCGGCACCGAGCUCUCGCGGGGUGAAGAACAUCUCGUUCGCUCGCAGCUCGCGGACUAAAUCAAUCAGCAUCUGUGCCGCCAGACAUCUGCUAUCUUCUUCACAAGUGUGCGGUGUGCUAAGGUGCCGGUGAUUGGAGCUUGGACAGGUGACCAAUGUUUGCGUGAACGCAAACAGAGAACGUAAGGUCUCGUUCUACUAUUCAUCUCUCUCCCUCCAUCCCUCUUUGUGUGCAGCAAAUUAAUUUUCUUGCAACACUUCUAUUAUUUCUAUUUGGGUGGAAAGCUGACUGCUUUGACACUUGUGAACCAUAUGCAUAUUUGAGUUUUCUUUUCUUUUCUUGAAAGUAAUUUGAUUUUUCCUAAAGCGUGAAUUCUAAUAUUUAGGUAGGUACUUUCCAUGGGUGCGGAUCGUAGUUGGAUGUACAAUGAGCGGAAAGGUAGCUUGUUUAGCCCAGUUUGGAAAGCUGGUUUGGACAUUUUUCUGAACCAUGCCUUUUCAUUACCUGAAGCUGCUAUAGAUGGGACAUCUAAGUGUCCAUGUACUAAGUGUGACUGUCGCCACAAGAGGAAAAGGGAUGAAAUGGAGAUGCAUUUAUGCCGCAAUGGUUUCCAGUUGGGGUAUGAGAGAUGGGACUAGGCAUGGGGAGUCUGAUGUAAAUGAUCAAGUAGACAAUGAAUACAUUGUUAGCUCAGAUAGGAUGAAUGAAAUGGUAAUUGAUGCUAUUGGUGCUGAAGGUGUCCAUGAGAGUGAGGAACCAACUAAAGCAGCAAAGGAGUUAUAUGAGCUCCUAGAAGAAGUAGAUAAACCGCUGCAUGAUAAGACAUCUCACUCCCGCCUAUCCAUUGUAGCACGACUUAUGACCAUAAAAUCACAGUAUAAUCUUUCUGAAGCUGGUUACAAUGAAACAAUGAAUCUUAUACAUGAAGUUGUUGGAGAUGAGGCUGCCAAGGAUCUCCCUAAAAACUUUUAUAGGUCUAAGAAGUUUGUGCAUAGCCUAGGAAUGCCUUAUGUGAAGAUUGAUGCAUGCCCCAAUGGAUGCAUGAUAUAUUACAAAGCCGAUAGAGAAAAUUUAGAAAGCUGCUCUAUUUGUGGUGAAUCUCGGUAUGAGGAGCCAACUAGAGGAAAGAAAUCUAGGAAAGUACCAAAAAAAUUUUUGCGUUACCUUCCAAUUACUCAAAGGCUACAACGCCUGUACAUGUCACAGAAGACGGCAAAGCACAUGGGGUAUCAUGCACAACCCCACAGCAAUGGUAAUAUUAUCGCUCACCCUUCGGAUGGAGAAGCUUGGAAGGAAUUUAACAAGUUGUAUCUAGAGUUUGACAAAGAGGUUAGGAACGUGCGUCUUGGUUUGGUAACUGAUGGUUUUACACCUUUUAGUGCUCAUGCUGCCCCAUACUCCUGUUGGCCUGUCUUUGUUGUUCCAUAUAACCUCCCUCCUGAAAUGUGCACUAGAAAGAGCAACAUCAUCCUUGCACUCGUUAUUCCUGGCCGUGAACACCCAGGGAAGAACUUUAAUGUAUACAUGGAACCACUAGUGGAUGAGCUCCUGGAUUUAUUUGAAGAAGGUUCUCUUACUUAUGACUGUUAUAGAAAGGAAAACUUCACCAUGAAGGCAAUGGUGUUGUGGACCAUUCAUGAUUUUCCUGGAUAUGGCUUAGUAGCAUGUUGGAGCACACACGGGAAGCUAGCUUGUCCAAUUUGUGGGUCUGACAUUAAGACAUUUAAUUUGAAGCAUGGGAAAAAACCUUACUGGUUUGAUUGUCAUAGGAGAUUCCUUCCAGCUAGCCAUGCAUUCCGCAAAAGUGUGAAAUGUUUUCGUAAGAAAACUAAAGUUACAGAUCCUCCACCAAAGCACCUAUCUGGUGUUGAGAUAUUGGAAGAGUUAAAUCAUCUAACUCUUGAUAGGACAGGCAAGAAUAAAUAUGAAGGGUUUGAAGUCCCACAAUUGGACAGAUAUUAGUUGUUUGUGGCGAUUGCCAUACUGGAAAAAGUUGCUUCUCCGACAUAACAUUGAUCUCAUGCACAAUGAGAAAAAUGUUGAAGAGGCACUAUUAGGCACAACUCUAGAUAUCGCAGAUAAAACUAAGGAUAAUAUUAAAGCACGUCUUGACAUGGCUAUGCUUUGUGACCGCCCAACUUUUAACUUGAUUAAGAAGCCCAAUGGCACAUGGUCAAAACCGAGGGGAAAAUAUUGUGUUAGUAAGGAUGAUAGAUCGGUUAUCCUCAAGUGGUUCAAGCAAUUGAAGUUUCCAGAUCGCUUUGUUGCUAAUUUUGGUAAAUCUGUAAAGUUGGAUAAACAUAAAUUUAUUGGUAUAAAAAGCCAUGACUUACACAUAAUCCUCGAGCGCCUACUGCCAGUUGCACUUAGGGGUUUCAUCCCUGAGAAGGAAUGAAAGGAUAUAGCAGAAUUAUUUUUUUUUAUCGACAAAUAUGUGCCAAGGAAAUUGAUCGAGAGAUAAUGCGUAAACUUGAGGAGGAGAUUCCAGUUCUUCUGUGCAAGCUAGAGAAAAUGUUUCCACCAGGGUUCUUUAAUCCAAUGCAACAUCUAAUUGUGCAUCUUCCAUAUGAGGCAAGGGUAGGCGGACCUGUGGCAUUUCGUUGUAUGUACCAACAUGAGAGGUACAUGCAUGACCUGGGCCUGAAAGUGCAGAACAAAGCUAGAGUUGAGGGCUCUAUUGUAGAGGCCGAGAUUGUGAAAGAGAUAACUGACUUUUUUUCUGGAUAUUUUGCUGACCAUGUUCGUACUAGAUGGAAAAAGAUUGACAGAUACAAUAGUAGAAGAACACACGUGAAGAAUGAUGGCUGCAGUUUAGAUGUUUUCCAAUACCAAGGCACCCUUCAUGGUAGGGGCGUGCCUCGUGAUCUCUCAGAACAAGAAUUGAAUGCAGCGAGGCUAUAUAUUUUGACCAAUUGCUCUGCUGUAGAUCGUCAUCUUGAGUCAUUUAUGGCACAGAAGCGUGCUAAUAAUCCUAGGUUGUCAGUGAAGGCCCUGGACCAAUUGAUGACAAAUGAAUUUGUGGACUGGUUUAAGAACACUGUAAGAAAGGAUACUGAAGCAGAUGAAGACUUGUGCAAUUUAGCCAAUGGAUGCAAGUCUAGAGUACUAUCAUACAGCUCGUAUGAUGUUAAUGGCUAUAGGUUCAGAUCAGUGCGAUAUGAGAAUUCCCGUGCAAAGCUGACCACAGUGAACACAGGGGUUUGUUUGACAUCAUUCACCUCAGAUGAUCAACAACUUGACUAUUAUGGUGUAGUCGAGGAUAUUAUCAAAUUGUCUUUUAAUGCUGGUAGAAAAAUUGAAAUGGUUCUCUUACAGUGCCGCUGGUUUGAUCCCAUCUCUGGUCUUAGAUCUGAACCAAAACUAGGUUUGGUGGAGGUCAAGCCAUCUUCAAGGCUGGUGAAUUUUGAACCCUUUGCCAUGGCUCACCAAGCCACACUAGUAUACUACUUGAAGUACCCAUCUCCACGGUCUGAUUUGCGUGAUUGGUGUGUUGUAAACAAGAUCCAACCAAGGACCUUGACCAACCUUGACAGAGAUGCUGCACAUGAGCCACCUACUAGAGAUGUAUUUUUCCAAGAAGAUGAGCUACAGGGAAGCUUCUCCAUUGAUGUUGAUGGCUUGGUUGAUGACGUACCUGUAUCUUUGUAUCUUCAGAGGCCAUGGAUGAUGUCCUUGAUCCCCAAGACAUUGAAACUAUAGAAAAGCAAAACAGCACUGAAGAUCAAUUGAAUGAUGACAUUUCUUAUCAUGGGAGUAGUAGUGACGAAGAGCAACAAUUACUUGAAGAAAAUAGCGACCAGGAAGAUAUUGACGAGGAUGAGGAAACCACAUAUGAUGAUUCCUUAGAAUUUGAUCAUGAUGAUUAUUGAAUCCUUAUUUUAAUAUUUACAUUAGUAUCUUACUAUUUAGCUUUCAUGUCGAACUAGAAAUAUGUCUUCCCAAUCUGAAUGUGGUGCAUGCUUGUUCGAUUGAUGAUUUGGUUCACUUAUUUUACUUGUGUAUCACCUAAUUUUUUUUGUGCCACCUCAUCUUGUUUAAUAAAUAUUUUAUGCAACGUACUAAUUUCCAUGUAUGAAGCAGGAUGAGUGGCCGCUUGAAGCAUAGACCUAUGUCAUCAUCAAGGUCAGUGGGUUCCAUAUCAGCUGCUCCAAGGGAAAAUAAUGGAUUGGCUUCAGCAAGUCAGCAAGCAACCGAGAAAAAGAAAACUCGAUCAAGGACUGAUAGUGGUGAAAGACUUCCAGAAAGUGAAAGACCCACAAUCAAGGCUGCUGGAGAGAAGUGGGAAGUGCAUCCUUAUCGAACUUCUCGCAAACCCCCAACCGUAAUUGGUGCUCUAGUUCGCGAGAUGUAUCCUGACUUUGUUGAUACACCAAAUGGGAAGAAGCCAGUGCUAACAUGGGAAGAUUUCAAGAGGACUACCAUAACUGGGGUAUCAACUGAUAAGAAAGUAUUGGAAGAGUUCUGGGUAUGUGUUACAUGUACACAGUAACUACAGCUUACUAACUAACAUUGCUAUUAUGUAUAAUGUAUCUGAACUGCAACUAACUAUAAUAUAAUUGUCCAGUGGCGUUUCAAGUGUCU